AAGAACUGGCGGUAAAAAGCUGAAAUAACGAUUGUUUACCUCGUGAAUCGUACUGUGGAGGUUUCAAACAUUAUAAGAAGUGUUCUUGGGCUUGUUUGGGUGCCCUGACGUGUUUAAAACGUCGUAAGUUGAGCGGUUUUGAGCCCGGAAGAUUAUCUCGCCAGGCCAGGGCGCUACCACUGACUAUGGUUCCCACCCCGCCAAAGCAGAAGGAGAAGAAGCUGAGCCCGUCCCCGGGAGGACCCGAGCCUGCCGCCGAGCCCGUCCAGGGGACCGCAGUGAUCGUGAUCCACCCGGGAUCAUCCUUCCUACGGAUUGGUCGAGCCUCCGACACAUUCCCGCAUGUUGUACCGCAGGUCAUCGCUAGGCGGCGCCGGAACCCGGACACCGCGGGAAAACACGAGGACAGGACGCUUCUCCGGCACGAGGCUUGCCAAGCUGAGAGCAGAGCACUACACGAGCAAGGUUUAAGAGGAGUGCAGCAGGCUCUGCUGUCAAUCACCACGUCGUCAGGGCAACACAGACUGGCCCCGCCCACAGAACAGCUGGCAGCCCACAAUGCACAGGUGACUCCCCACAUAGAGGAGACGUCAGACCUGGAGUGGACAGACACAAGCUCCAAACCUGAGUAUCUAGUAGGACAGGAGGUACUGUACCUGCACCCUUCUGAGUGCUAUAACAUCCACUGGCCGAUGUCAUGUGGUCAACUCCACCUACAUAGCGGCCCAGGAGGGUCUCUCACUGCAGUUCUGGCUGACCUGGAGACCAUAUGGACAACAGCCAUCGAGAACUUUCUGGACAUUCCUAUCAAGGACCUCAAACACUACAGAUGCAUCCUGCUCGUCCCUGACAUCUACAACAGACAACACAUCAAGGAACUGAUCAACCUGCUGCUGGACAGGCUGGGCUUCUCUGCUGCUAUCGCUCAUCAGGAGUCGGUGUGUGCGACCUUCGGCAGUGGGGUGGCCAGCGCCUGUGUGGUGGAUGUCGGAGACCAAAAGACAGCCGUGUGCUGCGUGGAAGACGGACUGUCUCACAGAAACUCCAGAUAUUUCUUGCCAUUUCAGGACAUGUUUGGUGCCCGCUGUCAGGACGUCCAUGUGCAGAGGCCGGACACGUUCAGUCGGCGGUACCAGGUCCGGUUAGGGGAGGAGACUAUCCAGUGUAACCCAUGGACACAGAGCACACAGCAGCAGGUAGCCAUAGCAGUAGCUGAGAAGAAAGCCAAGUCGAGUGGUGUGGCCAAAGCAGUAGCAGAGAAGAAAGCCAAGGCCAGCAGUAAGCAGGACCAUGGACCGGACGGAGACAAAACUGCGCCAGACUCCAAACCUACAUCGCAGGGGGGUGGCGAGGCUACCGUCUGCCUCCCGAGGGGGUCGGAGCCUGCCCCCCUCAAGCUGAUGGGGGUAGACCAGGCCAUUCUGCACAGUAUAGAGUGUUGUGCUUCCGAUGAGACCAAGAAGAAGAUGUUCUCCUGCAUCCUGGUGGUGGGAGGGGGGAUGAAGUUUCCGGGGGCGCAGAAUUUCCUGCUACACAGGGUCAGGUCACAGCUUCCGGCAAAGUACCGCAACAUCGCCGACACCAUGGAGGUCAUCACAAGGCCAAAGGACCAGGACCCCCAGAUGGUUUGCUGGAAGGGAGCAGCAGUGUUAGCCUGUCUGGACACGACACAGGAGCUGUGGGUCGGGCAGCGCGAGUGGAGAAAGUUCGGCAUCAGGAUACUCAGGGAGAGGUCGCCGUUCGUCUGGUAGCCAAUGAGAACGUGUCGGUGUUUGUCUGGUAGCCAAUGGAAAGUUGUCGUCAUUCAACUGGUAGCCAGGGGAAACAUGUCGGUUUUCGUCAGGUAGCCAACGGGAAUGUGUCGCUGUUCGUCUGGUAGCCAACAGAAGGUUGUCGUCAUUCAACUGGUAGCCAGCGGAAACAUGUCGGUUUUCGUCUGGUAGCCAACGGGAAAUGGUCAUCUUCCGUCUGGUAGCCAAUGGAAAAGAGCUGUUAUUAACGUCUGGUAGCCAACGAGAAGUGGUCACCAUUUGUCUGGUGGCCAAAAUGAACAUGUAUAUAAAAGUAAUCGAAUAGAACAAUGUUUACAACAAAGACAGAGGCAUGGCUGGAAGUGAAUCUUUUGGUAGAUAUCACGUACACACACAGUGCUUCUGGAAGCUGUCUAUUGAUGACAGGGUAUAUACCGAACAGCACCUAACAUUUGCACAUCUAGUUGUAAAGCCCC